GCGACUUAAGCGCGCAGAGACAAAAGCAAGACUCUGAGUACCAAAAGUCGGCAAUUGUUGCAUAUUUGUUAUAGCUAAACUAACGCAGCUUAAAGUGUAUAUUUUUGGCUCUUCUUUUGUUUGUUCUUUUGUUAAGCAGUGCGAGAAGUGUAAGGUGGUGAGCAACGCGUUAAAAGUAACCGAGAAAAACAUUAAGUAAAAUCAAAUAUAAAUAUCAGCAGCAAAAGAGUGAAUACAACAAGACAUACAACAACCAAAAAAAAAGUAUAAAAACAAAAAACACGGCCAAGCAAACAAAGUAAACAAGGAAUACGUUGUACACCACAUAGAAGCAAUCAAAAAAGCAACAGCAACAAAAGUGCCAUAUGCAACCGAUAAGACUGCAAGGCAGCAGCACAACUUAAGCGUGUGUGUGUGUGUGUGUGCUGGUUAAAAUGGCGUUUGACGAGUGCCAAGCCGCGCUGCUGCUGCUCAGCAAACUUCACGCGUUGAACACGCAUGUUCAUGUCUAAAUGACCAGCCCAGCCCAAGCCCAACAUUCAAUACGCGUUUAGCACAAGCCAACAACAGCCAACGGAUCUAGCAAGUCAUUCAGCUCCCAGCGCCAGCUCCACACACACAACACGCUCAGCACACUCAGUAAGGAGCGAGCGCAACGCUGAAACUCACACACACUUUGGCGUAAGCAGCGCAGCAGCAGAGCAGCAGCAGCAAAAUGCCGGGCGGACGACGUGGACUGGUUGCGCCCCAGAAUACAUUUCUCGAGAACAUCAUACGGCGUUCCAAUUCCCAGCCGGACAGUUCGUUUCUGUUGGCCAACGCACAAAUUGUUGAUUUUCCAAUUGUUUACUGCAAUGAGUCCUUCUGCAAGAUCAGCGGCUAUAAUCGAGCCGAGGUCAUGCAGAAGUCCUGCAGAUGCGGCUUUAUGUACGGCGAGCUGACAGACAAGGAGACUGUUGGUCGACUGGAGUACACACUGGAGAAUCAACAGCAGGAUCAAUUCGAAAUAUUGCUCUACAAAAAGAACAAUACGCAAUGUGGCUGCAGUCUAACGGCACCCUUUGGCAAGGCACAAACCCAAGAAACUCCGUUAUGGCUACUGCUACAGGUUGCGCCCAUACGCAACGAACGGGAUUUGGUUGUGUUAUUCCUUUUGACGUUUCGAGAUAUAACGGCGCUCAAGCAGCCCAUCGACAGCGAGGACACCAAAGGUGUUUUAGGUCUCUCGAAAUUCGCAAAACUUGCUCGCUCCGUAACGCGCAGUCGGCAAUUCAGCGCCCAUCUGCCCACACUAAAGGAUCCAACAAAGCAAUCCAAUCUGGCGCAUAUGAUGUCACUGAGCGCCGAUAUUAUGCCACAGUACAGACAAGAAGCGCCAAAGACGCCGCCACACAUUCUAUUGCAUUAUUGUGCAUUUAAAGCCAUCUGGGACUGGGUUAUAUUGUGCUUAACAUUUUAUACAGCCAUCAUGGUGCCAUACAAUGUAGCGUUUAAAAAUAAAACCUCUGAGGAUGUCUCACUGCUCGUUGUGGAUUCAAUAGUUGAUGUCAUCUUCUUUAUAGACAUAGUAUUGAAUUUUCACACCACAUUUGUGGGUCCGGGCGGUGAGGUGGUCAGCGAUCCGAAAGUUAUACGCAUGAACUAUUUAAAGUCGUGGUUCAUUAUCGAUCUGCUCAGCUGCCUGCCGUACGAUGUAUUCAAUGCAUUCGAUCGGGAUGAGGACGGCAUUGGCUCGUUGUUUAGUGCACUGAAGGUGGUGCGACUGCUGCGCCUGGGUCGAGUGGUGCGCAAGUUGGAUCGCUAUCUGGAGUAUGGUGCGGCCAUGUUGAUAUUGCUGCUGUGCUUCUAUAUGCUGGUGGCGCAUUGGCUGGCAUGCAUUUGGUACUCCAUAGGUCGCAGUGAUGCCGACAAUGGCAUCCAAUACAGCUGGCUAUGGAAGCUGGCGAAUGUUACGCAAUCGCCGUACUCGUAUAUUUGGAGCAAUGAUACGGGCCCCGAGCUAGUGAAUGGUCCAUCUAGGAAAAGCAUGUAUGUAACUGCUUUAUAUUUUACCAUGACCUGCAUGACCUCGGUUGGCUUCGGCAAUGUGGCAGCGGAGACAGACAACGAGAAGGUGUUCACCAUCUGCAUGAUGAUCAUUGCAGCUCUGCUUUAUGCAACGAUCUUUGGUCAUGUGACCACCAUCAUACAACAGAUGACCUCGGCCACCGCCAAGUACCACGACAUGCUCAACAAUGUGCGCGAAUUUAUGAAGCUGCACGAGGUGCCCAAGGCGCUCAGCGAGCGUGUCAUGGACUACGUUGUCUCCACCUGGGCCAUGACCAAAGGCCUCGAUACCGAAAAGGUACUAAACUAUUGUCCGAAAGAUAUGAAGGCUGACAUAUGUGUUCAUCUAAAUCGCAAAGUAUUUAACGAGCAUCCAGCAUUUCGUCUGGCUUCGGAUGGUUGUCUACGCGCUUUAGCGAUGCACUUCAUGAUGUCGCAUUCAGCACCAGGAGACUUGCUCUAUCACACCGGCGAGAGCAUCGAUAGUCUCUGCUUCAUUGUGACUGGCAGUCUGGAAGUAAUACAGGACGAUGAGGUUGUGGCAAUAUUGGGCAAGGGCGACGUCUUCGGCGAUCAAUUCUGGAAGGACUCGGCCGUCGGCCAGAGUGCCGCGAAUGUGCGUGCUUUGACCUAUUGUGAUUUGCAUGCCAUCAAACGUGAUAAAUUGCUCGAAGUCCUCGAUUUCUAUUCGGCAUUUGCGAAUAGCUUUGCACGCAAUCUGGUGCUCACCUACAAUCUCAGACAUCGACUGAUUUUUCGCAAGGUGGCCGAUGUGAAGCGCGAAAAAGAAUUGGCCGAACGGCGUAAGAACGAGCCGCAAUUGCCCCAGAAUCAGGAUCAUCUGGUGCGGAAAAUCUUUUCGAAAUUCCGACGCACACCGCAAGUCACAGCGGGCAGCAAGGAACUCGUCGGCUCCGGUCAAAGCGAUGUUGAGAAAGGCGACGGCGAGGUCGAGCGCACCAAGCUACCAGCUAAGCUUACAUUAACCGAGGACUCACGCAUCCUAACAACCGCCGCCGUACCCUCACCAUCGCCAUCACCCUCGCCCUCAUCGGGUCCACCAUCUGCACGUAGUACCCGUGCUAGUAAAUGGGGACGCCUUCUGGGCAGUUCAAGUGUCGAUUCGGCUAGCGAUACUAGCGCCAAGGUAGCAGUCUCGAGAAGUUUGAGCGCCCGCGAAAGUCUGCGUGAGAGCACUGCCCAAGCGAGGCAGAGUAGUACUUCGAGUAGCAAUGGUGGACAAGGCAAUAAAGUAUUCCCCAAGGCGCCCAAGCUGCAGGCAAGUCAAGCGACCUUGGCACGCCAGGACACCAUCGACGAGGGCGGCGAGGUGGACUCCUCACCACCCAGCCGGGACAGCCGUGUGGUCAUCGAUGGCGGCGCAGCCAGCGGCACCACAUCCACAACGGUGGCGCUGGUCCCAAGCACUGCAGCGAGCAGCCAAGCGGUAGCCAAGGAGCCGCUAUCAACCAAGGAGCGCAAUCUAGCGCUGGAGCGUGAGCGCCAAAUCGAGAUGGCCAGCUCGCGGGCCACCACCUCGGAUACGUAUGAUACGGGACUGCGGGAGACGCCACCGACACUGGCGCAACGGGAUCUGAUUGCCACCGUGCUGGACAUGAAGGUGGAUGUGCGAUUGGAGCUGCAGCGCAUGCAGCAGCGCAUUGGACGCAUUGAGGAUUUGUUGGGGCAGCUGGUGAAGUGCAUGGGGCCGGGAACGGCAAUGGCAGCGGGAGCGGGAGCGGCGCCUGACAGCAGCGGCCAGACAACGCCGGGCGAUGAGAUAUGCGCUGGCUGUGGCGUGACCACGCCCACAACGCCAGGCACAGCGACGAUAGCAAGCACAGCCACAAUUGCAGUCACCACGCCCGUGGAUACAGUGAUUACGAUCUCAUCGCCCACAGGUGGAGGCAGCGGCGGCGGCGGCAGCGGAGCAAGCACAUCCGAUGCAACAUCAAGCGCGGGCGCGGGCGCGGGCGCUGGCGCUGGCAGCGGUCUACUAAAUCCAAGUGUCCAGAUUGUGACGAGCGCAGGAGGCAAUGGCCUGGGGCCACUGAUGCUCAAGAAGCGACGCUCGAAGAGCAGGAAAGCACCGGCGCCACCCAAGCAGACGCAUUCAACACAUGGUGGUCCGAUGGGCACAGCGACGACUGCUUUGGGUACUGUGGUGACCACAACUGGAACUGGAUCUGGUACGGCCAGCAUGACAGCCUCAGCGUCGGCGCUGCAGCUGCGUCUGCUCGAGGAGGACUUUACGGCGGCGCAGCAGCAGCAGCAGCAGCAGCGGCCAACCAGCGCGGCAAGCACGCCGACGGCAACAACCACGCCCACAACGCCGCCGGGUAUGAUGACGCCGACGACAUCGGCAAGCGCUACGACCACGCCCACUGGCAGCUUGCGCAGCGGCGUUAAGCGUGAGUUCCUUUAACCAAGAAUACUGGUGCGUCAUCUAUCGACGGAUAGCAGCAACAGCCUGGAGCAGUAGGCUUCACUCACUGAUACACACACACACACACACACACAAUCUCGCUAUCUCGCUCUCUCGCAGACUGAGCCAAACCAAAAAAAACAACACUCUAUGUUACGCUUAGCUUUAGUCUAUAAAAAAAAGAAAUCUAAGCAUAUACUAAAUAUACAGCUAGAGUUAAAACCUAGGAUCUAAGUAAAUAAAUUAUAUAUGUAUACAAAAGCAGCUAUUUAUAUGCAUACUAUAUAUGUUAUAUGUAUAUGUAUGUGUGUAUGUAAUAACGACUCAACACGCUCUUAUGCUCUUAAAUAACUACGCGCUACCUUAAGCUCGCUCUCUCGCUCUCUUUCACUCUCUGUCUGUCCGUCAGUCUGUCUACUUAAAACUCACUCGCUCGCUAACUCAUGAUGCAAUAAUAUAAGAGAGCGGCUUGUGCUCUUGGGUUCCGUAUUCCUUUUUGCUGCUUGCUUGCUCUUGCUCUUAUCGUGUGAGCGAGAGCCACUGAAGCUAAGCACUCGAAGCAUCCGAAACCAAGAGCACAAUCCGCUAGCUUAUAUUAUGACUGUGCUGAUCACUCUCUCUCUCUCUCUGUGCUACAUUACUGUACUGUCUCUCGUUCAACUCUCUCUCUCUCUCUCUCUUUCAUCUCUGUAUCUGUCUAUUGCCCGGGCUAGCUUUGCCAACGGUACAAAUUUUAUUGCACUUUCUGCAAACACAGCACGUAUUGAAGAAGAAGAAGAAGAAGAGCUGGGCAAUUAGUAAGCUUGGCUCAUUUUUAUGAUUACGAUUAACGAUAACGAGUAACGAUAACUAUAGCGUUACUGAUAACGAUUAAGGCAAAAGCAUAUUGCUUACGAAUUUGCUACAUUUAUUGCAAUUAUUUACCUUUAUAUACAAACAAAUACUGUAGUCGAACAACAAAAUGAAAAAAACUAACUAGCUAUAUAUACUAUAUACAUAUGUAAAUCAAUGUUUUUGUGAUAAACGCUAAGCAGGCAAGCUAAGAGAACAAAAAUGAAAACCAACAAAAUAUAAGAAUACAUUUAUAAAAAUGAAUGCCAGUGAAUUGUAUAUAGCAAUGUGAAAAAAAUUAUAAAAUAACUGCAAGUCAUGCUUAGUUCCAGCUGAAAACAGUUUUUAAAUAUUGAUAUUGAAAACCGUUGAAAAUUGUUUAUUUGUUUAUAGGUUUAGUACAGUGCUGAUUUUAUGCCUUACGAACCACUGACAAAGGCAGUUAGAGUUAGUCUACAAACAAACAAAAAAUAACAAACAAAAUAAAAAAAAAAACAUUUUUUUGCAUAGUUCCAUUAGAAAUUCAAUUGCUUAGGCUUUGUUAGUAGGUGUAUGAACUCAUGAUACCCGUCCUACACACACACACACACACACACAUACACAUACACAUUCAUACAAAUAACAGUUACUCAACUAAGCAACAACAUAAAAAAUACAAAUAAAGUUGCCGCAAACAAAACGACAAUCGAUAAACUUAUAAAA